AUGGCGUACGUCGGAGGACUGCCGCCUCUGAUGGGGCCGCCCGCGGCGCCCCCGCCAGGACAGGGGCCAGCUCCUCCUGCGGUGCCCCAGUUGCAGAUGCGCCUGGACGGGUGGCCACAGCCGACAAGUGCGGGGUUGUGCAGUUGGCGACGCCUGCUGGUCGAGUUCGAGGGGGAGGCGUUCUUACACGAACGUUUGGUGAUUAAGGCAUACCCCAACGGCGGCUCAGCCUGGAUUGCGACGCCUGAUCAGGACGAGUAUGAGGAGGACUACCGCAACGAUCCCGACAUCGUGGGGGUCACCUUCCUGGAUGAUGCGGGUCGCCCGCCAGCGCCGCCCCACCUGCCGGUGUACGCCUUUCGGGCUGCCCCGACUCAGGCGGUCCUGCAGGCAGCUCUCGGCAACGCAGAGGUGCAAACUCAGCUGUUGGGCUGGGGCCAGGCUGUCGCGGCGCCGCAGGUCCAGGCGGGUGCGAUCGGUGUCCCAGGCGCGGGGAAGUGGCUCCUGGCGGAGCCGUGCGGCAACAUGAAGAUCGGGGAUGAGGCGCCUGUUGCCCCCACGGGCCCGUUCGCGAGCGUGAAGGCGGUGUCGACCUGCACGCUGCCGUCGGGCAACACCGUGGCCGUUUUCGUGGAGUGGGUGCCGACGCAGAAGGUGAGUGAUUGUCGCAUUAUGAAGCCCCGUUUCGAGCAUGGCGUUCGCAGUCGUACCUUCAACGACGGAGUGUUAGAGUUGUUCGAGGAGCCUGACCUCGAUGGCUUCCCGAAGGGUCCUCGCAUCACGUUGGGCACCGCACAGACUUUGAGGUCUCAGGGGCUGACCUGGCAGACCCAGGCUCGUGAGUGGCCCGUCGCGGCUCGCAUUCCUCCUGGGGACAGGUCGGUGCACGAGUACAAGCUGAUCUGUGAGGUUCUGAAUGCGUUGCAGUGCGUCGAUCAGUGUAACCUGCCGAACCUGGUAGGGGCCGAGCUCUUGGUGAGGCGCAAGAGCGUGCUGGAGGAGGCGCGCGCCUCGUCUCCCAGCAACCCGGACUACAGCGCAGCCGACAUCAUGAUGGGCUGGGCUGAGACGAGGGGCACGGGGAGCACUCCUGAGUCACUCAUGAGCUACACCGCUGACAGGCUGAAGGAUAAGGCAGCGAUCUUGAAGGAGAAGAGGAAGGCAGUCGAUGAGUCCAGGCUCGGGGGCAAAGGUCAGCCCUCGAAGGACAAGGACAAGGGCGCCAAGCACCGCUGCAGGAGGCUGCAGCAGCGCUUCGACCGCAGGAAGGCAGUUCUGAGUCGCGCCGUCGACUCCGUCAAGGCGCUUAAUUGGUUGCAUGGUGGGCGCCAGCCUCCAAGUUUUUCGAGCCCGACCCUGUCGCAGGCUACGGCUCUUCAGCACCUUCUGGACGCGCAUCGGACCGACGUCCCGGAGAUCGUUAAUGCCGAGGCAGCCCGCGUGGAGUUGCUCGGCGCAGGUCAGGAUUACGCUGGUGGCCCUGAACUUCCCAUCGCGAGUUACGACAAGGAUCUGCUCUCCAUGCCCCAGCUUGGGGCGGAGCCCGUCGACCUGUCCACGGUGCUGGAGGGCAGGGCCAGAGAAUGUCUCGUCAACUUCGAAGAGGAGAUCUUGCACGGUCCCGACGAUUGGGGCCAUAUUACUGAGUGUGAGGAGCAUGUUAGACCGUAUAUGGAUCCAGUGCUUAAGUCCGACGCUGACGCUUACUUCGAUUUCGUGAUGAGGGGUCACAGGAUGCGUGAGAGCCCCUACGUUCGGCUGGGAGGGCCGGCGGACGUUGCUCGGCUACUGCACUCGCGCGGCGACGGGGACCCGUACGUGGCCCUCGGCGACGUAAAGGAUCAUUUUCAUUGCUGCGGGCUUCCACCAGGCCUUAGUCCAUAUUUUUCCCUGCCGCCCGUGUCAGGUCUGCGACUUCUUCAGGCUGGUAUUCACAAUGUCGAAGGUCUCCCUGUUCUCCCCGGUGACAGCAUCUUUCCACAGUCCAGGGUCGUUCCCAUGGGGUGGUCUUGGGCAUGUUACUUUGCGCAGUCUGCUACAACGUCCCUGGUGCGUCGUUUCUCGGGCUCCGAGGGUGACAGCUUCCUGGAAUCAUGUCCUGGUCUCGAUCGGCCCGCUUACAACGUCUACAUAGACAACAUUAGCAUCUUCGGCCAAGGUAAGUCACAGACCGAUAGGAUCGCCAACCAGGUUUUCGACGGGGUCGAGAGUGUGGGCUUGGAAGUCCACGAGCGCACGUCUGCCAGCAAGUGGGCUCUUACGCUCGGCCUUGAGAUCGACUUCCUGUAUAGCACGGUCCAAGGAAAAAGGCAACAGAGGUCGUCGCUCUGGUCGCUGGACAAGUCGUUCAGAGAGGUCCCGAAAGAGAACCUCGUGGGCCCCACGUGGACCAAGGGCGUUCGGAGUGUUUGGAAGGACGAGGAGCCGAUAUUCUGUCUGGAGGCUCGCGCGGGUCUGCUGGCGGUGCGUCACAAGUUACGGGCGGUCUCCAGUUUCGGUAAGACUCAUCUACACCUUGGGGGCUCCAUGACCGCCAUCCUGGCUUUCGAGAAGGGUCGGGCGGACCCGCUGGACACGGUGCUGGCCGAGAAGACACGUCGGUCGGCUCGACGCCCGGUGCUCAAGCGUCAGAGGGCGUUGAAGCGGGUUCGUGCCAUAGGGGGCGUGGUUCCAGCCCUGAGGGCUCUGAAGGGCGAGCGCUCAGUGCUGGAGAGCUCUCACCCGUCGACUCCCGUCAGGAGGGACUACUGUCGGCGGCUCGACAAGUUCUGGGAGUUCGGGCGAAGCCAAGGUCUCUCCUUGGCCAACCUGAAAGUUUGCGACGACGCGCUGUGCGACUUUGCCGACCUGCAGUUCCUGGACGGCGAACAGGUCGACGCGGGGGCCAAGCUCCUGGCCGCCUUGGAGGACCACGACGUGCAGCGGCUCGGCAAGCCCAGCCUUCCUCGGUUUCGACGAGUUCUUCGAGCUUGGCAUCGGAAGGGGCCUGUGGGCAGCAGGGACCCUCUACCGUUCCGCCUCUUGGCGGGCGUCUUGGGUGUCCUGUCGCUCCACGGCUUCCACGAGGAGGUGCUGGCGCUGGCCCUCAUGUUCUGCUGCUACCUGCGCCCGUCCGAGCUCCUGACGGUGGUCGAAGGCGACCUCCUGGAGCCGGUGGCCAACGCGGGCGUGGCCCUCGCGUGCUGGAGUCUGCUCCUGCGGCCGUUCGAGAGGGAGGAGCCGACCAAGGUCGGCCAGUUCGACGACACGCUCCCGCUCGACAGCCCCGACUUCCCCGGCUUAGGGGCCCUCCUUGCUGGCUUGCGCGGGGGGGAUGCGGAGGUCUGGCUCUUCAGUUUCAGCCAGACGCAGCUGCUGCGCCGCUUUCAGGCGGCUUGUCGCGCGGCGGGCCUGGGCUCGCUGAACCUCGAAAUGCACCAGCUGCGCCACGGGGGAGCGUCGAGGGAUUUCCUGAUGAAGACGAGGGAGAUUCAGGCGGUCAAGCAGCGAGGACGCUGGGCGAACGAUCGCACCUUGCUCCGCUACAUGAAGGCGGGCAGGGUGCAGAGGCUUCACAAGGCUCUGACGCCCGAGGCCAGCCGCUGGAGCCUGCCGCGGUCUCUCGGCGGCGGGUUUGUGAUCGAGGUCUUCUCGGGCAGCGGGCGGCUGGCCAAAUCCAUCGCGGAGCUUGGCGUCCCAGCGCUGACCUGGCCCCUCGCAAUGACCACGGACCAGAUCAAGGACAUGCAGCGGAGGGACUUGGUGGCCAAGGAGCAGUGGUACGCCUACUGCGAGGAGCACGGCAACAACGUCCGGGAUCCUUCGAAGCACGACGCUCCGUUCCUCGAAGCCUUUAUCCAAUCGUACCAUUCCGGCGUGCGCCUCGAGUUCAAGGAGGGUAAAGAGCUGGUCCAGAUGAUCAAGAUGGGGCAGAAGAUGUCCCAGGGCUGGAAGGCCAUGUGGGAGGCCUACUGCAACGGAACGCCCGUGGAUGGCAGGGUCAUGUACGACCCCGCGAAACACGACGCGGGCUUCCUGGAGGGGUUCUUCGACUUCAUCGGGAAGAUGGCGGCCGGCGGAGUGGGCGUGAACAUGACGGGAGGAUCGUGA